AAUCUUUUCGGCUGUCUCCAGUCGACUGGCUGCAGUGGGUCCAGGACACUGUGCUGCCCCUGCACACAGAAGCUCCCCCAAGUAAGUGUGGACGUCUGUGUAAGUGUGAGAGCAUCAUGGUGGCGUUUAAAGGAGUCUGGACUCAGCCCUUCUGGAAAGCCGUUUCGGCAGAAUUUUUGGCCAUGCUCAUUUUUGUCCUCCUCAGCCUCGGCUCCACCAUCAACUGGGGUGGAUCAGAGAAGCCCCUGCCUGUAGACAUGGUCCUUAUCUCCCUCUGCUUUGGACUCAGCAUUGCAACCAUGGUGCAGUGCUUUGGACACAUCAGCGGAGGCCACAUUAACCCUGCUGUGACCGUGGCAAUGGUCUGCACAAGGAAGAUCAGCCUCGCUAAGUCCGUCUUCUACAUCCUUGCCCAGUGCCUGGGAGCCAUCGUGGGCGCAGGCAUCCUUUACCUCGUCACACCGCCAAGCGUGGUGGGAGGCCUGGGAGUCACUGCGGUACAUGGGGAUCUUUCCGCUGGCCAUGGACUCCUGGUGGAGCUGAUAAUUACAUUCCAGCUGGUUUUUACAAUUUUUGCCAGCUGUGAUUCAAAACGAAGUGAUGUCACUGGUUCAGUAGCUUUAGCAAUUGGAUUUUCUGUUGCCAUCGGACAUUUAUUUGCUAUUAAUUACACUGGUGCCAGUAUGAACCCUGCUCGAUCAUUUGGACCUGCUGUCAUCAUGGGGAGAUGGGAAAACCAAUGGGUAUAUUGGGUGGGACCAAUAAUAGGAGGAGUCCUUGCUGGUGCUCUUUAUGAGUACGUCUAUUGCCCAGACGUUGAACUCAAGCGCCGUUUUAAAGAUGUCUUCAGUAAGGCUACCCAACCAUCCAAAGGGAAGUACAUUGAGGUGGACGAUAACAGGAGCCAUGUAGAGACCGAUGACCUGAUCCUGAAGCCUGGCAUAGUUCAUGUGAUUGAUAUCGACAGGGGUGAAGACAAGAAGGGAAGAGAUCCAUCCAGCGAGGUGUUGUCUUCUGUAUGACUAGCAAGAAGCACUGAAAGCAGAGAGCAGCCUGCUAGCACAUCCACAGAUAUCCUUCCUCCUAUUAAAGAAACAGAUCUCCUCUAGACUGAGCGUCUACCAGUUCUUAAAAGGUAUGGUGUGGGCAGAUGCAUAGUAGUGGUGUCACCAAACCAUACGCCUGCUCAGUUGGAAGAUUAGGAUUUUGCUAUAAUUAGGAUUCCCCCCUAUUAUUCCAGAUUAAGAGUCGUUCCUAAUAUUUUCCUUUCCUUCUUUCUGGAGCAACCCCAAAGUCAAAAAAAGAGAUGAAAGCAUUCUCCUUUAAUAAAUCGGUCAAUAAUGAGAUAGAAAUGUUUAACAUUCAGAUUGACAGUUAAGACAUAUCAGGAAAUGCCUAUAGACAUGAAGACCUAUUUAUCAGAUUGUUCUUCUGACACUUAAUUGGCUGUUGUCAGCUCCUGUUAGAACAUCUUAUCCAUUAAGUGUUCUCUUGUGAGGUCCAACACAGCACCAACAGUAUUUAAGUUUUAUCCACAGUCAAGCAAAGGAGUAUUGUUUCCACUUAUGUACACCACUAUUGCCUUGCAAACUACCUCUGAAAAAAAUGAUACUUCAGUAGGUUUAAAAAAAUAAUUCUAUCAACCCACCAAAAAUUCACUCAUGUGAUUUGCUGUAUAAAUAUAUUACAUUCAUCCCUUCCCAAGAGUAAAUGCACCGAAAUUGAAUGUUGAGGUCUACUGUAAUAAGGCUGAAAAGCAUUUGACGGUACUUCAUGCUCCUUCUUGUCAUUGUCUAUCUGAUGAAACAUUCUCCUGGGCUUUGACUAUUGACCAUUCAGUGUUAGCAGACUCUCAAGGUCAUGCAAAGAAUAUAAAGGUUUUCCUGUUACUUAAUAACUCAAAUAAGAGAUUUCAGAAGAAAAGAAGGCAUAUCUGUUUUCAGUGCACUUGUUCAAAUACACAUUUCUGUGCUAAUUUAUGUAAACUAAAGGUUUAAAUUACUUACCUACUUUCUUACAAGAUGGUUGGAGAUAGGGUUUUUUUAAUUUAUUAGUAAUGUAGAGGGUUUUUAACUUUUAACUGCAUUGAAACACUGAUUGGGAAAUAUUUUUUUUUUUUAUAACAGAUGUAAAAAAAUUUACUGCUUCUGGCUUUUUGUUAUAACUGAUGCCUAACUAUCUGAACAGGAUCCAUGCUUGUUCCAGUGUUCAUAUAGCCUUAAUUACACCUCUGGCAAAGGUUUCUUUAUCUGUUGUUAGGAAAAGAUGCAAGCACUUGCAGAGUUUUUUAGGGGGAAAAGGACACGAAAUAUGUUCAAUAAUCAGUCUUUCCCUUACAGAGUAUUUUGACAGACACAAUCAUCCAUACUACACCAUACUUUACAUUUCUGUAAAGCUGUUACUGACUUACUGCUUUUGUUUCUGAUCAGUGGCUUCGAGUUUUACAAUAUGCAGCUGCAGAGCAGUAAGGAGCAUUGUAUUGUUACUGUAACUGUAAAGUUUUUAUUUUGAAAUUGAAAAGCUACUCCUGCCUAUUUAGCAAUAAGAGGGAAAAAAAAAAAAAGCAUUAGUCCUGACCGUGGGCUGUAAUAGCCUUGUCUGCUCUUUGACACACUCUACAUGCAAUCUUUAUUACAGGGAGUUAGAUGUUUCUAAUGAGAUAAUAAACCACUUCUACGCUCAGAUCUGUGCACUAUGAUCCAAAGGCAAUUCUGCUAUCCCAGCUCGCAGCACUGUGUAGUCCCAGCAUGUCCUGCCGUACUCAUUUUCCUAGUUUCACACUUUUCUUGUCUUAAACUCUGUUAGAGUGUGGCACGAGCUCCCUGCAUUGGGCAUGAGGUUCGUGACCUCUCCAUGCGUUUGCAGCUGGAGCGCGAUGUCUCCCCUGCACCCCCCGGGGCACAGCGUGUGGCGUACGGGGGCGCAGGACGGGGCUUCCUGGGGUGACCCAGCGACAGCCCCGCUCCCGGCGCCUGAGCCCUCCCGCCAGACGUGCUCCCCAUCACAGUCCGGUCGCAGCAUCACAGCAGCCGCUGCCUGUCGAGUCUAGUAAAACAGCUGAUAUUUGUCCUUGGCUGUGCCCCGCCGCAGUGACGGCGGCCUCGCAGUUCAAGGGCACAAAUGUGGUUAGGGACCUGCAAGGGACAACGUCAAAUCGCAGAUAAGGGCUCCUUCCCGCAGCAAGGACUAAGUUUCCUGGGGAAGGGCAGUACGGGUGUGGUGGUUAGGCCCCUGCGUACCUCUGCUCGUGGCAUUUAGAUGGGUAAAUGCCAUGAUAAGUAGAUUCAAUGAGAAAGAUCAAAACUUGCAGAUUUUUUUUUUGUCUAGUCAUUUGUUCUGGCUUUUUUUUUUUUCCUUUCUUUUUCCUUUUUUUUUUUUUUUUUUUUCCCCUGCAAAUGGUGUUAUUUGUUAAAGGGACACUUUGAUCAAACCUUUUGCAUGGCUUAAACAGCUAAAGCGAAGAGUAAUACACAUAGCACUGGUGUUUAUUUAAGCAAAGGUUUGCAUUUUUUUAUUUAAAGACACUCCUUAGAAGCUCUUAAUUUGUGAAUUUUGCAUGGUACUGUGUUAUUUAAAUAAGAAGCUGUGAUUUGUUUUAUGCUUAAGGGUCCUUUAUACAAAUGGCUUGAUGCAUGUUUUCCUCAGCCAGCCUGCUUGUGCUGCUGAGGUGAGCAUAACAUGAGCAUAGCACCAGCCACCUCAGUUAGGAAGUAUUUUUUUCUCUUGAAACAGUCCAUAUUAAUGAAGUGUGUCAAACACUCAGAACCAGACCCCUGAGAACUCCUCACUCAAAGAGAGUACUGGAGAUAAGACACUGGGGCUCCUGCAAAGAUUAGGAGAAAGAAGGGAAGUUAAAAUAGAGGCCACUAGACAGUAGAGGAUGUUGCCAUGCAUUGGACAUGAGUAGGAAAGCAAGAUGUGGUAGAUCUGCUCCUGCUCCCACAGAAUGAGACUCAUGGAGGAGUUUGUCACUGACUGCACUGGAAAUGAUCCUGAGCUUUUUUGGGGCCUGAUGGCUUCUCUCAUGCACUUCCCUGUGUUUUUUUUUCCCAAAUCUGAGUCUUUCUGCAAGAUACUUAAUUCUGGAAGGAGAUGCAUUUGACUUGAGGUUUAUGACCCACCCUAAAAUAAAUCCUUAGGAAUGGCUGUCAUCGCAGAUGGUUCUGCCCCACUGCAGGACAUCACCAUUCAUGUAAGGGAACAUCACUCUUCAGGAUCCCUUAGGACUCGAUUUAUCUUAGACCUGCAGGGAUACGUGCCUCUCUAAGUGGUUUUGCAGUGGCAUCAUCACUGUACAAUAGUCACAUUUGGUUAAAAAAUAGACUAGCAUGAACUUGUUAUGGAUUGGAAAUACUUUUGCCUUAAUAUGAUCUAAAAAUAUGUACUUUAACACUGCUUGAGGUCCAUGUUCUAAAGGCCUUCAGCUCUAAACUGCACUUCAUAACGUAACUUGGUGUCCUCGUAAAGUCUUUAUUGGUUGGAGUGGGACACAGUAAUUGUUUUCUGUUUAUGAUGGUGGUUGGAUAUCACAGGAAGUCUGCCAGGCAUGUCAUUCUGGAGUCCUAACAAAACCAUGGAUGAGUCUCUCACUCCUCCAUGAUGGCACACUUGUUUCUAAUACUGUAUUUGCACUUUCACAAACACAUUCAAAAUAUUUAAUCACUGGGUUUCAAAAAAGAAAGGAUGGAAGCUAAGGGUGGUUAUACUGAGGUACACAAAUACCUUUCAGGCUGCACGAACUCUGAGGAGUUUAUCAGCCGAUUUCUAACUAUUCUCAGGAGAAAAAAAAAAAAAAAAAGAAAAGAAAAAAGAAACCCUGCAGCAUUUGAGUUGUCAUCAUAACCCUUCUCCUGUUGAAGUAUCUGGGAGAUGUAUCUUUCAUUCAUUCAGUGGAAGCAGGAGCAAGACUCAUGCAGUGUUUAGGCUUGCCACAUGUAUUUGCAUAUGAGCUUUUCAAAAUGUGUUUUAUUUCUGAUUAUUGAUAAUUGCCACAAUAUCUGCUUAGAAAGCUAUACAUCCUUCAAAUUUCUGCCUUUCUAGUGCUUGGUGGCAGAACAUUUUGCUACUGUGCUCUGCAACAUUUUAUCUGCAGUCUGUGUAACACAUUCAGGAUAUAAUACACCAUCCAAUAUUUUUAAUAUAAAUAAAAUAUGUGAGAACUUGCAUUGUGAACCUUUCUUUCCAAGGUGAGAGAUGAAAACACCAUGCCCAUUUUUUGUAUCUCAAAUCAAUUGUGUGUAUCUGAGUUUCUCAAUGACUUAUUAAAUAGACAAGAUGCAAGUAUAGACUGAACUAUUUGUUACCCAGUUACACGAUCUAAAUCAUACUGCUGCAGUCUGUAAUUUAGGACAAAUGAGGUAAAGCAAACUAUGUACAUGGAUUUUUCCACAAGACUGCUUAUUGUUGAAAUGCUUAGUCACCAUGAUAUCAAAACUAAUGUUAUAGGACUUAAAAUUUCCAUAUGUAACAUUUGGAAUAAUCUACUGAAAAAUACACUAUAAAAUAAUACAUGAUUAUCUGAUUCCCACUUACAUUCUACUGUAUCUCACACUACUGUUGCAAAUAAAUUAUCUGUUAAAAAAAAAAA